AGUUCCCUUCUCUCUCGAAGAACACCUUUCUCUGUAUUUUUCCUUGAUAAUAUAUCGUGUUCCUCAAGUUCUGAGGUGUUUUGGUUGUUGGCCGGCGCAACCUGGUAUGGUCCUCCUGAGGGCGCCGGAAGUGAAGGUGGUGCUUGCGGAUAUGGUGGUGCCGUAUCGAAACCUCCAUAUUAUUCAAUGAUAUCAGCUGGUGGCCCCUCUCUCUUUCUCUCUGGCAAAGGAUGUGGAGCAUGCUAUCAGGUGUUGUGCACAUCAAAUAAAGCUUGCUCUGGCAAACCAGUGACCGUAGUAAUCACAGAUGAGUGCCCUGGAUGCACCUCCGAGGCAGUGCAUUUUGAUCUAAGCGGGCAUGCUUUUGGAACCAUGGCUCUUCCUGGUCAGGCUCAACAACUUCGCAACGCCGGAGUCCUACAAAUCCAAUAUCAAAGAGUUGCGUGCAAUUGGCGUGGGACGAAGGUGACAUUUGUGGUGGAUAAGGGAGCCAACCCCUAUUCAUUUGAAACCCUAGCCGAGUACGAGAAUGGGGAAGGUGAAGUUGGGUUUGCAGAACUUAAACAAGCUGGUGCGACGGCAUGGCAACCCAUGCACCCACGUCCGGGUUCUGCAACUUGGGUAAUCGAUUCAGGCUCACCUUUGCGUGCCCCGUACUCUAUUAGGCUAACCGCACCCGACUCCAAAAGGACAAUUGAGGCUACAAAUGUUAUUCCUUAUAAUUGGCAGGCCGGACAAACUUAUGUGUCAAAUAUCAAUUUCUAG